UCUCUUCGAAAAGUCUCAACUCCAAAAGAAAUCGUGAAAAUGGUUGCUGCUAAGAGUUCAGUAUUCAUGUGCCUGGCUAUGGUGAUAGUAGCCAGUGAAGCAGGAGUAGUUCCAGUCGUUCCAGCAGCACCAGUGUUGGCCAAGGUUGAAGACUUCGACCCAUCACCUCAGUACAGUUUCGCUUAUGAUGUUCAGGAUCCAUCAACUGGGGAUUCAAAGGCUCAAUACGAAACAAGAAACGGUGAUAUUGUCCAAGGAAGCUACAGUCUAAUCGAAGCUGAUGGUACCAGGAGAAUUGUAGACUACACUUCUGAUCCUGUAAACGGAUUUAACGCAGUUGUCAAUCGAGAACCUGCAGUGGCUGUUGCUCCAGUUGUUGAAGCAGUUGCUAAAGUUGUUGCUCCAGUUGUCGAAACAUCUGCGAGAGUUGUUGCUCCAGCACCAGUGGCCCCAGUUGUUGCUUCGCAUUAUGCUCCAGCUGCGAGAGUUGUUGCUUCUCCAGCUGCAGUUGCUUCUCCAGCUGCAGUUGCAGUUCCAGCUCCAGUUGCAGUUCCAGCUCCAGUUGCAGUUCCAGCUGCAAGAGUUGCUUAUACAGCUCCAGUUUCUCAAGUUGUAGCUUCACCUUACGCUCCAGUUGCACAUUUGGGUUACACAAUUCCACGAGCAGUUGCUACGAGAUUGUCUGUACCACUGUCUGCUCCUUUUGCCUAUCCAGCAGCUUACACUCUACUUCGCUUGAUCAGAAACAAUUCUUCCGGACUUAGCUUGAUCAGAAACAAUUCUUCCAGACCUAGCUUGAUCAGAAACAAUUCUUCCAGACUGAGCUUGAUCAGAAACAAUUCUUCCGGAUUUAGCUUGAUCAGAAACAACUCUUCCAGACCUAGCUUCCACGACCUCAACAUCGGAAUCCGAAAUUGCUGCAAGCGCUGGCUCCCGAGUGAUGACUGCAUUGAAACCAUUUACUCCAUCCGCGGUGUAAUCCACAAUCCUUCUGGUACCAGGAUCACUGAAGAACUGAUGUCUGAUGAUGUGAUUGAAGUGCUUUUAUAUUCAUUGUAUGCGUCAUCUAUAAUGGCAAUAAGCAAUAGUAGCUUUUGCUUUGCACCCAAACAUCCCCACCUAGAAUCGCUAUUGACCUCCUCAGUUCUCCAUAACCAAGUACAAUGUACCAACGUACUUAUGUUUCUUCAUAUCGAUGCCGCUGUCUUCGAAGCAUACGCUUUGAAGACACCACUCGCGUCUAAUACGCGACUUGAAAACAAAUCUGUUCAUUCGAAGGACCGAUUAUGUCAGUCUGCAUUCGACUUCGCGGAGAGGAAGAUCUGUGGUAAAAGAAAGCGAAAAAGCCCAGUCUGUAGUAGCGCCCUGAGCCUAGGCUCGUCUUCCUCUUUGCGGAAAACCACCGCAUGCGGAGAAGUGGUGGGAGAGCGCGCAGACGCCGGGCACAUACGACGCUCUCCCACCGCUCUCUCUUUCGCAAAGAGGAAAGUGGUGGGAGAACAUCUUAUGUGCCCAACGUGCGCACACUCUCCCACCACUUUCCCCCAUGUAGCGCUUCUCCGCAACGAGGGAGCCGAGCCUAGGCUCGGUUCAGACCAGGCUCAUCCGCUCUCUAACUAUAGGACAGCAAGGUUUAUCAUCAUUGAUGGAAGGCAAAAGCAGUUGGAUUGGAAAAAUAUGGAUGAUGAUAGGGAUGAGGAAGAGGAUGAGCAACUUUGGCAACUGGAACAACUGGUGCCACUGGAGCAACUGGAGCAACUGGAACUGCUGGAACACUCUUCAAAAUGGCAGUCGCCAACUUUGACGAGAGGUGCUGGUGCUAUUGCUACUGGCGCCGGUACCAAGCUGGCCUUGGUUACCAUGAUAGAUGUUGCAAUGAUGAUGAUACUAGAAGGCGAAAUUUCUCCCGAAAAGGUCAUUGGCUCUUCCUCUCAUCUCACCUUUACCAUCCUGCCUGAUGGGCGCGUCUUCCUUCUCUCGGCCAUUCACCUCUCGCUCUCAUCUCCCAAUGGCCAAUGCAAUACAGACCCUGUGCCCAUAAAUAUUUCACUCUCUGAACCCAAGUCCUCGAGUGGUGUUAUUGACUGCACUGGUGCAGUUUGGUCUAGAAAAAAUUCUGUCGCUUUAGAAAAAUGGAAUGAUCAACGACCAGGUUUAAUUUUUCUCUUCGAGUCUAACAUCGCCAUGAAAAUCCAGAUUUUAACAUUGUGGGUGUUUCUUGCAUCUGCAAGAGGUGUCAUCAUCCCAUCAGAUGGAAGAUUUCCUUAUGAACCAAUUGCACCAGUUGCAGUUGGAACCUUACCAACUUUGGGUUUUCCUGCAACUUUGACAAGACCAGUUGAACCCUUUUCUCGACCAGAAUAUUCCUAUGGAUACGAUGUCAGUGAUCCUAUAACUGGUGACUCGAAAAAUCAACAUGAAACUAGAGAUGGGGAUGUGGUUAGGGGUGGUUAUUCCUUCAUCGAGUCGGAUGGCAGUCGAAGGAUCGUGGACUAUUUUUCUGACCCAAUCAACGGAUUCAAUGCAAUUGUUCGCAAGGAACCUGCAGUUGCAAAACCAGCUCCAGUUGUUGAACCAAAACCAGCUGCACAUGCAGUUGUGAGACCAGCUGCAGUUGCAGUUGUAAGACCAGCUGCACCCGUUUUAGUACAAGGACCAGCGACAGUUGCUCCAGUUAUCGAAACAAGACCCGCAGCAGUUGCAGUUGUAAGACCAGCUGCUGUUGCAGUUGUAAGGCCAGCUGCAGUUGCACCAGUUUUUGUACCCAAACCAGCUGCAGUUUAUCCAGUUACUGCGCCAAGGCCAGUCGCAGUUGGAAAACCAGCUGCAGUUGCAGUUGUAGCACCUGCAAUACGUUUCCCGCCAUCUGCAGCAGCAUAUGCACCUUUUCCUUUUGUUCUUGGACGCCAAGGAUAUGGAUACCCACAAACACCCUUUGGAUUUCCAUACUAUUAGUACAAUUUUGAAAUGAUUUUAUUUUUAAUUAUAAAUUUCUCAGU